AUGCAGCAAGAGGCAGCAAUUCAUCUAGCUGAUGCUGCUGCACCUCCUGCUGCUGCUGCUGCUGCUGCUGCUGCUGCAGCAGACACAGCAGCAGCAACAGCAGCAGCACCAGCAGCAGCAGCAGCAGGUGCUGCUGCUGCUGCUGCUGAUGUACACCCCAAUGAUGCAGAAGAGGAGAUAAACAAUCAGCACCAAAACAGCAGCAGCAGCAGCAUCAGCAGCAGCAGCAGCAGCAGCAGCAGCAGCAGCAGCAGCAGCAGCAGCAGCAGCAGCAGCAGCAGAUCAGAUAUUCUUUUUUCUUUUCUUUUUUUAUUUCGGCUGCUGCAAGUUAAUAAACAAAAAUAUAAUUUUAUAAAAACAGAAAUAGCAGUGCUGCAUAGACAGCUGCUUGCUGCUGCUCUUAACCUCGAUCAAGCAGCAGCAGCAGCAGCAGCAGCAGCAGCAACAGCAGCAGCAGCAGCAACAGCAGCAACAACAACUGAAGCAAUAGCAGCAACAGGAGCAGCAACAAAUGCAGCAGCAGCAGAAGAAGAAACAGCAGCAGCAGCAGCAGAUCAAGCAGCAGCAGCAGCAGCAGCAGCAGCAACUGCAGCAGCAGCAAGAGGUGCAGCAGCAGCAGCAACGAAUGAAACAGAAAGGCAGGAAGCAGCAGCACAUACAGCAGCAGAAGAAGAUGCAGCAGAAGCAGCAGAAGCAGCAGCAGAUGCAGCAGCAACAGCACUGAGCUGCAGCAGCAGCAGCAGCAGCAGCAGCAGCAGCAACCCUUGGCAUAUGCAUGCAGCAGAAGAGCAGGGGUAA